AGAUAUUUAUUUUCUUCAUGAUGAGGAUGCCAUUCAUAGAGAUUUGCAUUCAGGAAAUAUAUUACACUUCGUAUAUCACAAUGAGUGGUAUAUUGGUAAUCUCGGAUUUUGUGGACCUGUUGAUAAACCAUUAGGAAGCAUAUAUGGAAAUCUUUCUUACAUUGCACCAGAAGUAAUUUUUGGAAAAGAAUGUACUAAAGCAUUAGAUAUUUAUAUUAUGGGUAUGUUUAUGUGGGAAAUUUCAGCGGGACAACCACCCUUUGCCAAUUUUGAUCAUGAUUAUGAUCUUGCCAUGAAUAUAUAA